AUGACGCAUGCGUUCGAUCAUACAGAAACAACACUAAAAUCUACCAUACACACAUCAUCAUCAUCGUAAUCAUCAUCAUCGUCAUCAUCAUCAUCGUCAUCAUCAUCAUCGUCAUCAUCAUCAUCGUCAUCAUCAUCAUCGUCAUCAUCAUCAUCGUCAUCAUCAUCAUUUACAUCCUCUUCCUCCUCUUCUUCUUCUUCCUCCUCCUCUUCCUCCUCCUCCUCCUCAUCAUCAUCAGCAGCAUCACCAUCAUCAUCAUCAUCUCCAUCAUCAUCAUCACCAUCGUCAUCAUCACCAUCAUCAUCAUCACCAUCAUCAUCAUCUCCAUCAUCAUCAUCACCAUCAUCACCAUCAUCACCAUCACCAUCAUCACCAUCACCAUCAUCACCAUCACCAUCAUCACCAUCACCAUCAUCACCAUCAUCACCAUCACCAUCAUCACCAUCACCAUCAUCACCAUCACCAUCAUCAUCAUCGUCAUCAUCACCAUCGUCACCAUCACCAUCAUCAUCAUCGUCAUCAUCACCAUCGUCACCAUCACCAUCAUCACCACCACCAUCAUCAUCACCACCACCAUCAUCAUCACCAUCAUCAUCAUCACCAUCAUCAUCAUCACCAUCAUCAUCGUCAUCAUCAUCCUUUGAUGCCCAUUUUCGAUGCUGGCAUGGGAAAAUAUGGAUACUAUAUUACAAACAUCUACAAAGAUUUCUCGAGAAUUGUUUAUUUCAAAUUCUCAAAAUAUCUUUGUUAGACAGCAAAGGACUGGCUCUGUAA